UUCGUCAGAGAUGGGAGAAGUAAAACCGUUGUGGGAUCAAAGGAAAUAAUAAGAUCCAUUAUUUGUCGUGACUCACCAGGGAAAUUACUAUCAGAGAAUUCUACAACAAUUUCUCGCACAACUCAAGUCGUCAGUGCUUUCUACGUUCAUAUUCAUAAAUCAGUGAACCAACUCGUUUUAUUGGAACACUUGGUGGUAGCCGCUAAUUCAUUUAUCAGUUCGUAAUGGCAGACAAUAGGGACAGUGUGUCCGCUAUGAGGAGAAUCAGAAAUGCUCUCGAACAGAAUAAAUAUUUGAUGGAGUUUUGCACACUGGAUAAUUUUGAUGAGGCCAUUGUUGCAGUAUUUGAGGAACUAGAGGCUUUUGACGACGUCCCUCUAUUUAUAAAUGCAGAUGACUUGAAAUCUCCUGAGGGAUUGAAGAACAUAUUCGUCAUUCUGAUCAAUGCUACUUGGCAUUUGGUCCACAAACACAGAUGCCUCAUAAAGUCACAUGAAGCGCUCAAAGAGGAGAGAUGUAGGAUAUCCAGUGACAAUGCCAGUCUCUCUAAUCAAAUAAAAAGGCUGAAAGAGGUGAUUCAGAAGAAAGAUAGUAAUUUAAACGAAGUGCAGGAGAGAGAACGUCAGCUAAAAGUUAAAGUCAAUAAUUUAAGCCGAGAAGUUAAACGUGAAAAGGAAGAGACGCUGAAGUUGAAGAAGCAGAUGCAGUCAAAGGAGGACCAACAUGCUCAUGAGAUACGUAGGAUUCAGCAGAGUGGAAAUAAACUUCGUGAUCAAUUGCAGAAGACUGUCGGAACGUAUGUACCGAGGACUAAACUCUCGUCCACAAGUCUUCAGACCGAGCAAGAGAAGAAAAUUCGCCUCUAUCAGCAGACGAUAAAUCGUUUGGAGGAAAAUAACAGUUUAAUGAUGCAGGAAAUUAAUGAUUUAAGGCAGGAGUUGGCACUUCAUGUUAACGGUGUUGAACUCCACAUGGAAUCAUCUGGACUUUGGAACGAAACUACGACGUAGAUCGGUUCGCAUUUUACAAAAGAAUUUACAAGAUGGCGAUUCGCGUGAACGUCAGAGCCUUCUUGAGGGACGUGACAUCUGCGCGACUUUGCGGUACUUUUUCUGCCAGUAGUAAUUAAGAAAUCACUUGUGAAGUUUCAUUGAGUCUCAUUCAUUGUUUUUUAUCUAUUUUUUCAUGUUCUAAGGUAUUUACUGAUUAUUUUUCUUUGUUGAUUAUGACAUCCUGUAGUCAUUUGUACAAUAUGCGUUUUUUUAAUUUAUUGUAAUUACCUCUGUUUGACGUACAUUUGCACUCAUUAAGUGUUAGGUUGAAGCUAAUAUUUCUUUUGUAGAUGUUUGGCGAGUUUGUUCUGUAAAAAACUAAUAAUCGUGUUUUUUAUUUUAUGGUGUAAUAAGAGUUGUUUUCAGCAGUCAAUAACCUUGUGAUUAUUCGAGAUACCAAAAAUGUAAUUAAUAUAACGAAUCAUUGAGAUAGUGUAGACAUGUAAAAGUUAAUUUGCCAAUUAAUUAAACCCCACAGAUGUUACAAA